GUAUGACUAUGUGGAGGUGCGUGACGGCGUGGAUGAGAAUGGUCAGCUGGUGGGGAAGUACUGUGGGAAGAUCGCCCCGUCACCCGUGGUGUCUUCUGGGAACCAGCUCUACAUCAAGUUUGUGUCCGACUACGAGACCCAUGGAGCAGGCUUCUCCAUCCGCUAUGAGGUCUUCAAAACAGGUCCGGAAUGUUCCAGGAACUUCACGUCUAACAGCGGGGUGAUAAAGUCACCCGGUUUCCCGGAGAAGUAUCCCAACAACCUGGACUGCACCUUCAUGAUCUUCUCCCCCAAGAUGUCCGAGAUCAUCCUGGAGUUCGAGAGCUUCGAGCUGGAGCCUGACACCACUCCUCCCACCGGGGUCUUCUGUCGAUACGAUAGGCUAGAGAUCUGGGACGGCUUCCCUGGAGUUGGUCCGUACAUUGGGCGGUACUGUGGUCAGAACACCCCUGGUCGUAUCAUCUCUUAUACGGGCAUCCUGGCCCUGAUAAUCAACACAGACAGUGCCAUUGCCAAGGAGGGAUUCUCUGCCAACUUCACUGUGUUGGAACGGACCGUGCCAGAAGACUUUGACUGUACAGACCCGUUGGGUAUGGAGUCAGGGGAGAUAGCGUCAGAGCAGAUCGUAGCUUCGUCCCAGUACAACCCCGGCUGGUCCCCGGAGCGAGCCAGACUCAACUACUAUGAGAACGCAUGGACACCAGGAGAGGACAACAACAAAGAGUGGAUACAGGUGGACUUGGGUUUCCUCCGGUUCGUGACGGCCGUCGGAACACAGGGGGCCGUUUCCCAGGAGACCAAGAAGACCUACUGGGUCAAGUCGUACAAGGUGGACGUCAGCUCUAACGGAGAAGACUGGAUCACCCUGAAGGAGGGUUCAAAACAGAAGGUUUUCCAAGGGAACACCAACCCCACUGAAGUCGCCAGGAAGAGGCUUCCCAAAGCCACGCUCACCCGCUACGUCCGGAUCCGGCCCGUCGCCUGGGAAACAGGCAUCGCUCUGCGCUUCGAGGUGUACGGCUGUAAAAUAUCAGAGUAUCCAUGUUCAGGCAUGCUUGGCAUGGUAUCGGGCCUGAUCACUGAUGCCCAGAUCACAGCUUCGUCCCACACGGACCGGAGCUGGGUACCCGAGAACGCCCGCCUGCUGACCAGCCGCUCCGGGUGGACCCUGCUGCCCCAACCCCAGCCCUUCACCUCAGAGUGGCUACAGGUGGACCUGGGGGAGGAGAAGCUGGUACGAGGGCUCAUCAUCCAGGGAGGGAAACACAGAGAGAACAAGGUGUUUGUGAAGAAGUUCAGACUGGGAUACAGUAACAACGGAUCUGAUUGGAAGAUGGUCCAGGACGCCAGCGGCAACAAGCCAAAGAUUUUCGAGGGGAAUCAGAACUACGAUACACCAGAGCUGAGGACCGUGGAGCCCUUGCUGACCCGAUACAUCAGGGUUUACCCAGAGCGGUCCACCCCUGCUGGGAUGGGCCUGCGCCUCGAGCUCCUGGGCUGUGAGAUCGAAGCUCCCAAUCCCCCCACCACGCCCGCCCCACCCACCGCCCCUUCAGACGACUGUGAUGAUGACCAGGCCAGCUGCCACAGUGGAACAGGUGAUGACUACGAAGUGACAGGUGGAACCACAAUGCCAGAGGCUAUGACAGAUGUGGACACCAUCCCAGCGUUCCUGUGGUUUGCGUGUGAUUUUGGCUGGGCCAACGACCCCUCGUUCUGCGGUUGGACCUCAGAGGACAGCGGCUUCAGAUGGCAGAUACAGUCCAGUGGCACACCCACGCUCAACACUGGACCCAACAUGGACCACACAGGUGGAUCUGGUAAUUUCAUCUACACACUAGCGACGGGCGCCCAGGAAACGGAGGUUGCUAGGCUGGUCAGUCCGGUGGUGACAGUCGGUCAGUCUGACCUGUGCGUCUCGUUCUGGUACCACAUGUUUGGCUCGCACAUCGGCACGCUACACAUCAAACAGAGGAAGGAGACGGUGGAUGGCAUGGCCGACAUACUUCUGUGGACCGUCAGCGGUCACCAGGGCAACCGCUGGAGAGAGGGACGCGUGCUGGUGCCGCACUCCAGUAAACCCUAUCAGGUGGUGAUUGAAGGGUUGGUGGAGAGGAAGAGCUGGGGUGAUAUCGCUGUGGACGAUAUCAAGAUCCUUGACAAUCUGAACAUGGCUGACUGCAAGGAUCCUGAUGUUCCUACAGAGCCCAUGCUACCUGAAGACAGAUUCAAUGAAAUCCUUGUGGACAUCACAGACUUCCCUGAGAUCGUGGAGAACAAUGAGAUCCUGAACGGUGUCAGUGGCGGGGCAGGUAACAUGCUCAAGACACUGGACCCUAUCCUCAUCACCAUCAUCGCUAUGAGCGCCCUGGGGGUCUUCCUGGGGGCCAUCUGUGGGGUCGUCCUCUACUGUGCCUGCUCACAUGGCCACAUGUCUGACAGGAACUUAUCCGCUCUGGAGAACUAUAACUUUGAGCUGGUGGAUGGAGUCAAGCUAAAGAAGGACAAACUCAACUCACAGAACUCAUACACAGAGGCGUGAAUAGGAAGGGGGAAGUGAGACGUGCGUGUGGGGAGUGCACAAGACUGUAGGCAUAGCCAAGACUCAAUAAGUUUCCGGGCCUAAAGGGACUGCCGGAAGCCUCUCAUUGGAGGAGGCCCAGGUUCAGGAACCAAUGGGAGGUUGUGACUGAUCCAUUGCUUUUCUCAGGAGCUGCAGUAACAGGAACCUACCAGUAGGGGACACUGUGUACAAAAUUAAAUACAGGAGAAAAAAUCUGUACAGAUGAUGAGAUGAUUAUUUUAAUUUUUCUAUUUGAUUUUCAUUCAUUUUUACAAUCGGAUGCUGGUGUUGAGACCAAUUUAAUGAUUAUAUAAUGUUUAAAGUAUUUAUCAUUUUCUGGGAGGAAGAAACCAUUUUGUUAUUAUUAUUUUAAAUCAAAGUUGUUAUUUUUGUGUUGAAAGAGAAGUAUCAAAAUCCAAAAUGAACCAUAACUGACAAUGUCGUUGGUACUACUGCCACAUGGGGGGAUAGAAGCAGGAUGUGACCCCCCCCUUAUGACCCCUGCCCUCUGCCUCUGUCUAGAGGUGCGGAUCAGAGGUUAAGGGUAACGGUCACGCCCCUUGGCAGUAGAUGGUUCUGACAGUGCCUUUAAUACACCUUAGUUGGCGUUUUUUUCCUCCAUUAAGUUCUGACAACGUUAUGAUAAUGAUCCGAAAACUAAAGCAGGGGCUUUAAAUUAGCUAAUAAUCAAGUCUGCAAAACCUGAUCCAAUCCAAUCCCUCCAUGGCGCUUUUCUCCCUCUGUCCCAGACACACAUCAUAUUGUAUAUAAGUUUUAAUAUAUUUUAAUGCCCUUUUUUAAGAAAGUAAAAGGUUAAAAAAACAACAAAAAAGCUGCUGUAUCCCUUUUUUUCAAUGGGUUUGUGUUGUAAAUACAAUCAUUUGACUGUUGUUGUGAAGAGUGAA